AUGUAUCUUUCGCAGAUUGGAGCGUCGCCAUACCUGAAGGUUCUGGCUCUUGGGUCCUAUAUCUUCACUAAUGAACGAGAGACUAACUGGAUAGCGUCUCUGAAGAGAAGCAAUAGGAGUGGUGGCCUGGAAGAGCUUUAUCUUGACGACUGCCCGAUCUUGCAUAAAGCCGGACAAUAUGGGCCUCUGACAAUAGGUGGAUAUCCAGUCCCAGGGACCGCUAUGUACGGCGUAGGACAGAACAAGAACACAUCCAUUUUCGAGAACAGCAUAAAGUGGCACCACGUGCUGUCAGGAUGGAAAAAUAGCAUGAGAGGUCUUAAGAAAUUUGUCAUGGGAAGGAAUGAUUGGAGCUACGAAUUCCUUACCACAAAGGCUAUCCUGCAACAGGACGAGUACGCGGAUAUCGAUUAA